GUGCACUAUCAUGUUAUCUCCAGUUCACUACUGUGUAAACUGCAGUGCAUUAUCAUGAUAUCACCGGUUCACUUCUCUGUUAACUCUCUAUCAUAUGACCUAAGUAAUGAUUUCAGUUAUAGUUUAUAAUAAAAAAAAAAGUUUAUGAUAAUAAAUAUGAAAAAAAUGAAUGAACCCAAAAUGUGUUUGAUCAAGUUUUAGAUAUAUUUUACAUAUGAUUUUAAUAACAAUAUAUGAUCAUGCAGUUAGGUACCGCAGACCAAUUAUAUUCCGAUCGUCCAUUAUUAUUUAGGUUGUAAAACCAUUGUCGUGACUUGUUAUAUCUGUACAUAUUUGGCCUUCAGAAAGGUGAUGACUUACACUCCUUUGUUACCGACUGACUUUCAGGACUGUCUUAUCUUGACGGGUCAGCAACUUCUAUAAAAUGUUAUACAUCUGUUUUUGACUACACAGGUAACAAGAAGGAGCAGAAAUGGCCUCUCUGAUUCUUGUCUCCGGAUUGCUGUUUUAUCACAUUUGCUCAGUAUUCACGGCUGGCCCGCAGUGCUUUGAAUGUUCAUCAACUCCUCGACUAGAGUUUUGUGAUACCUUUACACAAUGUGAGGAAGGAGAGAAAUGUUACGUACAAAAGAUACGCACACACAAUGGCCACGACCAGUACACGUCUGGAUGUGUCAGCAACCAAAGUUGCUCUCUGGAUAUGAAUUUCUAUAGAUCGUUUGGUGCUCUAUCACCGUACGGACAGGUGACUUGUGUAGAUUGUUGUGACGGAGACAUGUGUAACAACCAGGGCUGUGGGGACACGGGACCACCACCGAGAGAAUCACGUGGGCCCUACUGUUACCAGUGUCAACACAUGCCAGACCCAAGCUACUGUGAAAGACUCACUAUCUGUGAUGUUAAUGAAGUUUGCACUAUUGAUGAAACAGUUUCAUUUGGACAUCAGUUCUCAAGCGGAUGCCGACGAAAAGGAGAGUGUUUCCACGAAGGUCUGCUUGUGGGGAGGGAUAUACAUAACCUGACGAGAUCGUUCCAACUCUGUCAUAAGUGUUGUUCUGACGACUUUUGUAAUCAAGAUUGUCACGAGGUGGUAUCCUGGAGCGCCUGGAGUCCGUGGGGUACGUGUUCGGCUCAUACUUGUGGCAGUCAUGGACAUCAGAUCCGGAACCGAUCUUGUACAAAUGUCAAAGGAGACAUAACAUCACAAAGCUGUGAGGGUGUACCUAGAGAGGAACGUCACUGUUCAGGCGGUUUAUGUUCAGGUUGUGACGAGUUGUACAACAACGGAGAGCGUACCUCAGGUGUUUAUACCAUAGCCCCGGCCGAACACCAACCCCUGGACGUCGUCUGCGACAUGACAGAUGGAGGAGGUUGGACUGUUCUUCAACACCGGCUUACUGGUUCGGUCAGUUUCAAUCGAAACUGGGCUGAUUACGUCACUGGUUUCGGUGAUCUACGUGGCGAUUUCUGGCUCGGAUUGGAAUACAUUCAUAUGCUGACGUCGCGGGGGGUCCACGUCAUCAUAGAUAUGGUUGCAAUGUCAGGAGAACUAAUACGUUACAGUUACGAUCACUUUCAGGUGAAGGACGCCAGUACGUCGUACGAAUUGUCAGUUUCCGGUGAUAACUCUGUGAAUUGUACAGGCGGAGAAAGACUAAUGUAUAAUAGCCCAUCAAUUUUUUCUUCCCCUGACAGACUGGAUAAUCUCAAAUGUGCAAAUGCCUCUGGUUGGUGGUUUAAACGCGGUACAUGGUUUAACAUAAACGGUAUUAUAGGUGUAGCUGAAAAUAACCAUGGAAUGGCAGUACACUGUCAUAAUAAGAAUUUGCUACUGAAUCAAACCGUUAUGAAGGUAAAAUAGCCAACCCGAUUGUGGAAAUGAAUGAGUGGACAAUGAAUAAAAUAAUAAUCAUCUGC